AUGAAUAAUCCUCGCACAAACGGCGCCAUCGCAGCGCUUCCCAGCACUUUGGCACAGUUGGCGUUGCGCGACAAGCAGAAGGCAGCGGCUACCUCGAAUGGCGAUUCCCCGACUGCACCAGCAAACGCAACCCGACCCCAAACACAGCCGCCCAGUGUGCCAUUAUCAGUAGUAGCAUCAUCAGCAGCAUCGUCGCAGGUGAUCAGCAGCUCCAAUGGUGACUCAAACAAGCUUAUAUACGACUUGCAGGAGAAGGAGCAGCAACAAAAGUCCCAGAAGCGUCAGAAACCAAUGGAAAUAGCCGGCUAUGUGGGCUUUGCCAAUUUGCCAAAUCAGGUUUAUCGCAAGGCCGUCAAGCGUGGCUUUGAGUUCACACUGAUGGUGGUGGGCGCCAGCGGCCUGGGCAAGUCAACGCUGAUCAACUCCAUGUUCCUCUCAGACAUCUACAAUGCGGAAGCAGUAUCCAGGUCCAAUCGUUGCGCAAAAAGAAGACAUUUCGAGGUGGAGGCGACCAAAGUGAUGCUCAAAGAGAAUGGCGUUAAUCUAACGCUCACCGUGGUGGACACGCCCGGCUUUGGGGAUGCCGUGGACAACAGCAACUGCUGGCUGCCCAUACUAGAGUAUGUGGAUAGCAAGUACGAGGAGUAUCUAACAGCCGAGUCACAGCGUUAUACCCAAGACCAAUUAUCAGACAAUCGUGUGCACUGUUGUUUGUAUUUUAUAGCGCCAUCGGGUCAUGGUCUGCGGCCAUUGGACAUUGCCUGCAUGCAGAGUCUGUCGGAGAAGGUGAAUUUGGUGCCAGUUAUUGCCAAGGCCGACACCAUGACGCUGGACGAGCUGCAUCUGUUCAAGAAGCAGAUACGCAAUGAAAUUGCUCAGCAUAAGAUUAAGACUUAUGAUUUUCCCGCCACGCUCGAGGACGAUGCCGAGGAAUCCAAGGAUACGCAAAAUUUGCGCAAUCGUGUGCCAUUUGCCGUUGUGGGCGCCAAUACGAUCAUUGAGUUGGAUGGCAAGAAGGUGCGAGGACGACGUUAUCCUUGGGGUCUAGUCGAGAUUGAAAACUUGACGCACUGCGACUUCAUUGCUCUUCGGAAUAUGGUCAUACGCACACAUCUGCAGAAUCUGAAGGAUGUGACGAAUAAUGUGCACUAUGAGAACUACAGAUGCCGCAAGUUGUCCGAACUGGGAUUGGUAGAUAGCAAGGCACGCUUGUCCAACAAGAAUCCGCUAACCCAGAUGGAGGAGUCGAAGCGCGAGCAUGAGCAAAAGAUGAAGAAAAUGGAGGCCGAGAUGGAGCAAAUUUUCGACAUGAAGGUUAAGGAGAAAAUACAAAAGCUCAAGGACUCCGAACUCGAGAUGGCGCGCAGGCAUGAGGAGUGCAAAAAGGCGCUGGAGCUGGAGAUACACGAGCUGGACAAUAAGCGGCGUGAGUUUGAGCGCGAGAAGAAGGAGUGGGAGGAUGUGAAUCAUGUGUCCCUUGAGGAUCUCAGGCGACAGAGCCUGGGCACCAACAACAGUACCGACAAUGUGGAUGCCAAGAAGGAGAAGAAAAAGAAGAGUUUGUUCUGA